AUGGGGUUGAGAUGGAUUUGGAGGAAGCAUGAAAAGUUCGGGCACGUUCGCUUGAUAUUCGCCAAAUUUGCCCCACUAAAAUUUGUCAGCCCACUAUCACGAUUAGGGUUUGCCCUCAGUCGGGAGCUUGGAACUUUUUGGGUAUUCAGACCUCGCAACGACGACAACUUUCUUCCGCCAACCCCGACAAAACAACAAAUACCGCAAAAAUGGUUAAGAAGCGCGCGUCCAAGUAAGCAUUAUCCUCCACGAUUCGAUCGAGAUUUGAGAACGGCGAAAGAGCGCCAUGGGCAAUACAUUCUAGAAUGCUGGACUGACAUGAAUUCAAGCGGACGUAACAAGAACGGUCGCGGUCACGUAAAGCCAAUCAGAUGCUCCAACUGCUCACGAUGCACUCCAAAGGACAAGGCCAUCAAGAGAUUUACUAUCCGCAACAUGGUUGAAUCUGCUGCCAUUCGUGAUAUCUCGGACGCUUCCGUAUUCCCAGAAUACACCGUUCCUAAGAUGUACCUCAAGUUGCAGUACUGUGUCUCUUGCGCCAUUCACGGCAAGAUUGUUCGUGUCCGAUCCCGCGAAGGUCGCCGAAACCGAGCACCACCUCCUCGUGUCCGAUACAACAAGGAUGGAAAGAAGGUCAACCCCAACCAGGCCGCUGCUAAGACCACUCAAGCAUAA